AAUAAAAUAAUAAAUUAAAAAAAUAAAAUUAUAUAGGUGAAUUGACGGGUCAACCCGAUCCACCAUGGGUUCAACUCGCAUGAACCGGAUUUAAAUGAAUCAGAUUGAAAUUUGACCCACAUAAAAAAAUUUAAUUUCUUCAAACCCAACUCGAUCCAAACGCGUGGUGAGCCGGAUUAGCUCGCAGGUUGUGACCCAUUAAAAUUAGUUAAAUAAAGGGUAAAAAAAUUUGGUAUGUGAUAGAAUAUUUUGUAAUCAGUAUAUAAGAAUAUUAGAAAAAAAAAAAAGAAUAUAAAGAAAGAGAGAGAGUGUGGGAAAGGCUUGGUCAACAGAAAAUCCAAGUGUUGCAGUGAAUGAAUGAAUGGGGCAGCGUGUGUGUCGCGUUGACGCCAGGCUGACGCCUAAAGGGACAAGGCAAUGGCCCUAUAUAUCAACAUAACUAAUUCUUUCAGUCUUUGAGACCCUCAUACUCUCCAUCAUCCUAGCUAACUAACCUCUUAUCACAUAACUUCCCCUUCUUUCUCUCCCUUCUCCGACACACGUGUCUCUCAACACAAUUUUCCAACAUUUUCCACUUCUUACUACAAUUAUAUAUGUACCAUCUCUCCCUCCACAUAUACCUUUUUGUCUACAUAUUCUAUUUUCUUAACUUUCUGGGCUGGCUUCAUUACCUCUUGCCAGGGGAUACACCAUGUUGCAGGAUGUUUUUGAUCAGCCACUUCCACCAAAGGCCGAACCGCAACAGCAAGUCCCCAUUGAAGAAAUUUCAAGCCCUUUUAGUAGUGCUCGAAUUUUCGAAUUUUGUAACGCUGAAUUUUUCCCAGAGGCUUUGCCAAAUUCUGAGGUUACUUCCAGCUCAAACUGUUGCUAUGAGGAGAACUCCUCGUAUGCCACAACAAACAAAUCUUUAACUGUAGAUGUAGAAAAUAAAUUGAAUAGCAAUAGCAACACAGUCACCACACCAACUAGCAUUACCACCACCACCAACAACAACACAACCAACAGUAGUAACCUAUCUAUUAUCUUAGACCCCCAAGAUGAAAUGGACAACAAUGACAUCGCUGCCUCCAUAGACUUUUCACUAUCUCCAUCUUUCAAUGUUCCUCCAUUUCUCCCAGUCACAUCCCAGCAAGAACAGUUUGAUUUCUCUUAUGUGCAGCCUCAGGUCCAAUUACCAGCAUUUUCAGUUGUGGAGGGCUUCUCUCAGUAUCCCACUGACCCCGUUGCUCCUCCACUUAUGGGGGCUCCAUUACCUUCUGUAUUUGAAGAGGAUUGCAUAUCUUCUGUUUCUUCUUAUGUGCCUCUCAACCCUUCAUCUCCUUGCACUUAUCUCAGUCCUGGCAUGCCACCAUACAUGCCUACCGGCCCCCUUACUAGUGCCUUAUCAACGGAUAGUUCUGGAUAUUUUGGUGGGAACAUUCUUCUUGGUUCUGAACUUCAGACACAAGAAUUGGAAUACCAAGGAGAAAAUGGAAGAAUGUAUUGUACAGAUUCAAUUCAGCGGGUGUUUAACCCUCCAGACCUUCAGGCACUUGGUACUGAGAGUCAGCAACUAGUUCCCGGGGGUGGUAGUUCUGCCACUCUAACACCUGAAAUUUCUAACUUAGAGGACUCCUCAUUCAAAGUUGGAAAACUUUCUGUUGAGCAAAGGAAAGAAAAGAUCAAUAGAUACAUGAAGAAAAGAAAUGAAAGAAACUUCAGCAAGAAAAUUAAGUAUGCCUGCCGCAAAACUCUGGCAGACAGCCGACCUCGGGUUCGAGGAAGGUUUGCAAAGAAUGAUGACUUUGGAGAAACCAAUAGAACUACUAGUAGCAAUCAUGAAGAUGAUGACGAAGAAGAAGUAGUUGUGAAGGAUGAAGAUGAUAUGGUUGAUUCCUCAGAUAUUUUUGCUCAUAUCAGUGGGGUAAACUCCUUCAAAUGCAACUAUUCCAUCCAGUCCUGGAUUUGACUUAAUAGUUUGAGCAGUAUACCUACAUUUAGCUUCUGUAGAUUUUUUCAUGGCCACAUACCACCCCACAUUUCUCCUAUCUGGUUUUGAUGGACGAGGAAACCGAAUAAUUGGGGUCCUAAUACUAUACAAUAAGUGAAUGAAGAACAUAUAGAAAAAACCUGUAUACAUUUUUUGCAGACAUUACCUUUCCUUUUUACUUGAGUGUACUAAGAACCACAUGAUGUAUUAACUAAAAAAUUUUAAUUGUCUCCCUGUACUACUGGAGUUCAUAUGUACUUUCUUUUAUAAUAGUGAGGAACUAGUGUUGGCUACAUUGAAGGGCUUAAGCCAAACCUUUAAUUAGUUUUGUUACUUGGUUUGAAUCUGUUUGUCUCUGGUUGAUAAAAUUAUAAAAAAAAAAAGGUAUCCUCUUAAUGAUUUAUUUGAUUGAUUAGAUUGAUUAAUCAUAAUAUAAAAGUUUUAAGUAAUAAG